CAGGUGGAACCGCCCACCUAAGUGACCAAACUACCCCCGCAAACAUACUAAAAUACCCUUGACUCUUACGUGUCACUCAUCCAUUGGUCUCAACUAUACAGGAAUAACACCCUCGCCACCGGCUGAUAAAACCUCCCAAAACCCUAACCAUCUUCUGCUCCUCCAUCUCUGCCUUCGUUUUUGUGCACCAUCCUCGACGGGAGCAGAGAAUCAACGGCCACUAGGGUUUUAGCUAUAAUUGAGCAGAAGAGCCGAGCGAAGGAGAGAGGGUAGACUUCCGCUUAAGAAAAAUGGUGGCUGACAAGGGGAAGAAGAUGAAGGUGGAGAAGGGCGGCGAGGAGGAGAAUCACCCUAUCGAUGAGGAGCUGGUUCUCUCCAUCGAGAAGCUCCAGGAGAUCCAAGACGAGCUUGAAAAGAUAAACGAAGAGGCAAGUGAUAAAGUGUUGGAAGUGGAGCAAAAAUACAAUGUGGUUCGCAAGCCAGUCUAUGACAAGCGAAAUGAUAUCAUCAAGUCCAUUCCCGACUUUUGGUUGACAGCUGUGAGUUUUUUAAGCCAUCCUGCACUUGGUAAUCUUCUCAACGAGGAAGACCAAAAGGUAUUUAAACAUCUGAGUUCUUUGGAAGUGGAAGACUUCAAAGAUGUGAAGUCGGGCUACUCCAUCACAUUUAACUUCGAGUCCAAUCCGUAUUUUGAAGAUACAAAGCUCACAAAGACAUUUACCUUCCUAGACGAAGGCACAACAGAAAUUACUGCUACUCCAAUAAAGUGGAAGGAAGGCAUGGGUCUGCCUAAUGGGGUUAGUCACGAGAAGAAAGGAAACAAGAGGCCUUUGGCUCAGGAGAGUUUCUUUACCUGGUUUAGCAAUACUCAACCAAAAGACAUGAUGGAUGAUAUGCAAGAUGAGAUUGCAGAGAUCAUCAAGGAAGAUUUAUGGCCUAAUCCCCUCUCUUAUUUCAACAAUGCCGAUGAAGAGUUGGAGGUGGAUGAUCUUGAAGAAGAGGACAAGGAAGGGGAUGACUCUGACGAAGAUGAUGACGAGCAAGACGACGACGAUGAAGAUGAUGAAGAAGGUGAUGAGUAGAAGAAUGGCGGCAUGUAGAUGCAGUUGGGUUGGUGGGCCUGAAAGUUCAUCACUUGAUGUGGGGACUUUUGUGUAAAGUGGUUCUGGUGAUGAUUGCUCCAGUAUCUGGUCAUAUGGAGGAUAACGGGCCUACUGUACUAAUUUCCUACAGUACUUCAUUAGCAGUAGCGGCUCUCCCUAUCUACCGUGCAGGCAUUUUCGAUACGAGUCUGUAGUUACCUUAAAUUUGCUGAAAUCCCUGUUUUGAUCCUCUUUUGACGAGGCAUCCUUUCUCUCUUCUUUUCCUGGUUUCCUCCCCCGGCUGUUCAUCUUAUGAAUACGGUAGUCUAGUCUGUGAUACUCUGUUCCAGGAGAUAACUAUAAAAACACCAUUGUUCUUUUUCCAUUCUACUAUGUCGUGUAAUGUAAUAGUUUCGUGGAGUGUUCUAAUUUAUCAGCAACUAUUAUGUGUUGGAAGAAGGCAAAGAAGAGUAAGAAGAACAAGC